AUGAGCGAUACCGGGCUCUGCACUAUCUCGGUGUGGGCACCUUUUGGCCUUGCGAUAGCUGCAUAUGGCGCUUUACUAUUGUACCGACUGUUUUUCUCACCUUUGAGCAAGAUACCAGGGCCAUGGACUACAAGGAUAUCCGGAAUUCCUGAAGCCAGCGCUUUGAAGGACAAGCGACGGACUGAGUGGGUGAACACUCUUUUCGCAGAGAAUCCCGGGUCGGUUGCUGUGCGCACUGGGCCUAGUUCGGUCUCAUUCAAUCACCCAGACGCCGUCAAAGCAAUUUAUGGUCAUGGCAAAGGGGCCGAAGGUUUCGGCAAGUCCAGUUGGUAUGAUGCCUUUUCAACUACGGGAGAGUCACUGUUUUCCACUCGCUCCAAGAAGAGGCACGCAAUGAAACGACGCAUGGUUGCCCAUGGCUUCAGUAUGCAAUCUUUGUAUUCAUUUGAGCCGUAUGUCGAUAUAACCAUGCAAGCAUUUCUCCGGCAGAUGGACGAACUCGCACGCACCCAGCAGCCCUUUGAUAUAUAUUUCUGGUUCGAACUAUUCACUAUGGAUUUGAUGGGCGAGUUGGCCUUUGGCAAGAACUUUGGAGCUCUCCAGUCCGGAAAGCCUGUGCGAUACUCCACGCUGGUUGAACUCUCCCAAAGGUUCGCCAAUUUGUGUGGUAUGUUGCCCUUUGGCAAGUACAAUGUGCAAGUCCUCAGCUGGGUACCAUUGCCAUACAUUCAGAAGCUGUAUCGCGCAAGACUUGAAUAUCUGGAGUACGCGAGAAAGGCAUUGGAGGGGCGCUUCCAAGACAGUCGUCAACAGCUUCUUCCCAGUGGCAAACCGCGACAAGACAUCAUGCAGCGAUUCAUCGAAGCACAAGAUCCCGAGACCGGUGCACGAAUGGACUUCCCGGAGCUGAGGGCUGAGGCUUCUUCGUUGAUGGUCGCGGGAGCGAGCACUGGUAGCGUCACCAUGAAUUGGAUGACUUACUAUCUCUCAAAGAACCCAACCGUUAAAGAGCGUAUCAUUCGACAACUGGAAGACAUGUUCCCAGAGAAUCUCGAUGGAUCGAGGCCGGCAUCCUUUGCAAAGCUGCAGCACUUGAGCCUCCUUGAGGCGACCGAGAUUGAAUGCCUACGAAUGCACCCGCCCAUUGGCUAUGCCAUGCCACGCCUGACUCCUCCUCGUGGUGCAGUCAUCUGCGGAACUUAUGUCCCAGGCAAUGUCGAUGUAGGCGUGCCUGCUGCCAUCAUUGGGCGGAAUCCGGCAGUGUAUCGUAACCCAGACAGCUGGCAACCUGACAGAUGGCUCGAUGAGAACGCGGACAUGGCGACAAUGAAGCUCUGCUUCCUGGGUUUCGGCUAUGGUAGCAGGCAGUGCAUUGGGAGGAACGUUGCCAAUCAGUUUGUGAUGAAGAUGAUGGCCACGUUAUUGCUGAGGUAUGACAUUCAGCUGGAAGAUCCCAACCUGGUACUGGGCUCCAAGGAGUUCACUAUUAUCAAGCCAGACAAAAAGUAUAACGUUAUUCUGAGACCAAGAAGCCGUUGA